UCUUGCGAGCGAGCAAUCGCUGCGCUAUUAUAAUUAACAGUGGUGCGUGUUAAAUAUCUCAAUGUCUGUUUAAAUUUGAUGUUGUUCACAUGAAUGUACCCAUUUAAUGUACAUACAUAUGUAUCUACACUAACUGUGAGGUUUCUAAAUUGUGGAAUAAAAAUAUGUUAAAUUAUCUCAAAUCGUGAAGAAAGCCGACAAAUACAUAUAUAUGUAUGCAUAGACAUACAACAUACAUGCAUACUAAAACAUACGUUCAAAAUGAGGAGCGACUGCGGCUGUGCUAAGCUGUUCCAAGGCUUUAUUUUGUUUGCUGUUGGCACAAUUUUAGGAAAGUGUUCAGAUGUAUUACAGUGCUACAAAUGCUCAGUAACUGUGGAAAAAUACUUCAUUGACAAUGCCACAGUUGUUACACCAUUGUGUUCAAAAUUCACGGAGUCAUCUCAUUAUAUGGUGCAAUGUCCAUAUUCCACGAUGUGCUUGAAGACAAUUUCCAUAUUACAUCUUCAAAGUGGACAGAAGCAAGAAACCGUUACUAGAGGUUGUGCUCAGCAGAAGAACACUACUCAGGUAUUUCGCAAUAAACAGUGGGAGCAGGAACACUUAGUGCAGGAAGUAUACAAGGAAGGUUGUACAGAAAUCCAAGCCAACAACUUGGCGGGAUCAACAAACAUACAUUGUUAUUGUCGUGGUGAAUUGUGCAAUUCAUCAAGUUUCUUUAGGUUGAACACAAACUUGUUAAGCGUUAUUAUCUUAAUCAGCGUCAUUCGACUACUCGACGUUUGAUAUUUUGCAGUCAAAUUUUAAGAUAUAAUGUAUUCAAUAUGGAGAUUACAUUGUUGUGAUAAUUUAUGAAAUAUAUCAUUUUAAAUUUUGAUAUAACACACAAAUGUAUGAGCCGGUUAUUAAAUAAUUAUGAUAUUGUUA